CCUCGAGCGGUUUAACGUGGGCAAGAGUGCGCAUGCGUGUUGCCUGGGGAGUCCGAAUAAAUAAAAGCGACAGCUUCCGUUGGUGGCUGUUGUGGAAAGGAUGCGAGCUGCGUUGACCUGGAGGGAUAAGGCCGAGCAGUGUAUUUAUGACCUUGCGUUUAAGCCUGAUGGAACCCAGCUGAUUAUUGCUUCAGGAAAUAGACUAUUGGUAUAUGACACUUCUGAUGGAACAUUAAUCCAGCCCUUGAAAGCUCAUAAGGAGACAGUAUUCUGUGUAGCUUAUGCUAAAGAUGGAAAGCGUUUUGCAUCAGGAGGUGCGGACAAAACUGUCAUCAUCUGGACAUCAAAAUUAGAAGGAAUUUUGAAAUACACGCACAAUGAUUCCAUACAAUGUGUAUCCUAUAAUCCUGUUACACACCAACUGGCAUCCUGUUCUUCCAGUGAUUUUGGUUUGUGGUCGCCGGAACAGAAGUCUGUCAAUAAGCACAAAGUUAGCAAUAAAAUCACCUGUUGUAGUUGGACAAAUGAUGGACAGUACCUUGCUUUAGGAAUGUUUAAUGGUGUUGUCAGCAUAAGAAAUAAAAAUGGUGAGGAGAAAGUGAAAAUUGAAAGACCUGGUGGAUCUUUAUCUCCAGUGUGGUCUAUUUCUUGGAAUCCAUCAAGAGAUGAACACAAUGACAUCUUAGCUGUGGCAGAUUGGGGACAAAGGCUUUCCUUUUAUCAGCUGAGUGGCAAGCAAAUUGGAAAGGACAGAGUCCUGAACUUUGACCCUUGCUGUGUUAGCUAUUUUUCAAAGGGUGAAUACAUCUUACUUGGAGGCUCAGACAAGCAAGUAUCCCUUUAUACAAAGGAUGGUGUGCGCCUGGGUACUGUAGGAGAACAGAACACUUGGGUGUGGACAUGUAAAGCUAAGCCAGAUUCGAAUUAUGUGGCAGUAGGAAGCCAGGAUGGAACAAUUUCAUUUUAUCAACUGAUUUUCAGCACAGUCCAUGGCCUUUAUAAGGAUCGCUAUGCUUACAGAGACAGUAUGACAGAUGUCAUUGUCCAACAUCUCAUCACUGAGCAGAAAGUUAGAAUAAAAAAUAGAGAGCUUGUGAAGAAAAUUGCAAUCUACAAAAACAGAUUAGCAAUCCAGUUGCCAGAGAAAAUCCAGAUUUUUGAACUAUAUUCAGACGACUCGUCAGACAUGCAUUACCGUGUAAAGGAAAAAAUAGCAAAAAAGUUUGAAUGUAACUUGCUGGUUGUAUGCUCUGAGCAUAUUAUCUUAUGCCAGGAGAAAAGACUCCAGUGCCUUUCAUUCAAUGGCACUAAAGAAAGGGAAUGGGUAAUGGAAUCUCUCAUUCGCUACAUAAAAGUCAUUGGAGGACCUCCAGGCAGAGAAGGUCUUUUAGUGGGUUUAAAAAAUGGGCAGAUUCUAAAGAUAUUUGUGGACAAUCCUUUUGCAAUUGUCUUGCUGAAACAAUCCACAGCUGUACGCUGCUUGGAUAUGAGUGCAUCUCGAAACAAGCUGGCAGUGGUUGAUGAAAAUGACACAUGUCUCGUGUAUGACAUUAACACCAAAGAAUUGCUGUUUCAGGAACCCAACGCUAAUAGUGUGGCUUGGAACACACAGUGUGAGGACAUGCUUUGUUUCUCUGGAGGCGGAUAUCUCAACAUCAAAGCUAGUAACUUUCCUGUUCAUCAGCAGAAACUUCAGGGAUUUGUGGUUGGCUACAACGGCUCUAAAAUUUUUUGUCUCCAUGUUUUCUCUAUGACUGCUGUUGAAGUUCCUCAGUCAGCACCUAUGUAUCAAUACUUGGAGAGGAAAAUGUUCAGAGAAGCCUACAAGAUUGCCUGCUUGGGAGUGACUGACACAGAUUGGAAAGAACUGGCUAUGGAGGCUUUGGAAGGACUUGAGUUUGAAACAGCUAAGAAGGCAUUUACCAGAGUGCGAGAUCUUCAAUAUCUGGAACUGAUAAGCAGUAUAGAGGAGAGGAAGAAGCGUGGAGAGAACAACAAUGACCUGUUUCUCGCAGAUGUUUAUGCAUACCAGGGAAAGGUUCACGAGGCAGCCAAACUGUACAAAAGAAGUGGCCAUGAAAACCUGGCUCUUGAUAUGUACACAGACUUACGCAUGUUUGACUAUGCAAGGGAAUUCCUUGGUUCUGGAGAUCCCAAAGAUACGAAGAUGCUAAUCACAAAACAAGCAGACUGGGCCAAGAACAUUAAUGAACCGAAAGCAGCUGUGGAAAUGUACAUCACGGCAGGCGAGCACAUGAAGGCCAUUGAAAUCAGUGGAGAUCAGGGCUGGGUUGAUGUGCUGAUCGAUAUUGCUCGGAAGCUUGAUAAAGCUGAGCGGGAGCCUUUGACAAAGUGUGCACAUUAUUUCAAAAAGUUACUCAAUCAUGGCUAUGCAGCAGAAACAUACAUGAAGAUUGGUGAUUUGAAGGCAUUGACACAGCUUUAUGUAGAGACUCAGCAGUGGGAUGAGGCUUUUACUUUGUGUGAAAAGCAUCCUGAAUUUAAGGAUGAUGUCUAUGUUCCGUAUGCUCAGUGGCUGGCAGAAAAUGAUAGAUUUGAAGAGGCCCAAAAAGCAUUCCACAAAGCUGGCAGACAGACUGAAGCCGUCAAAGUGUUGGAACAAUUAACUCAGAACGCAGUGGUAGAAAGCCGGUUCAACGAUGCAGGGUAUUAUUACUGGAUGCUCUCCAUGCAAUGUUUAGAUAUUGCUCAAGAGAAUGAACAGCAGAAGACUGAAAUGUUACAGAAGUUCCAUCACUUCCAGCAUUUGGCAGAACUUUAUCAUGCCUAUCACUUCAUCCACAAGUGCACUGAAGAACCCUUCAAUCACUAUUUGCCUGAAACCCUAUUCAAUGUGUCCAGAUUUUUACUUCAUAGCCUCACUAAGGAAACUCCUUUGGGAAUCUCUAAAGUCAAUACGUUAUUUGCCCUGGCAAAGCAGAGCAAAGCUCUGGGCGCCUAUAAAUUGGCUCGUCAUGCCUAUGACAAGUUGCAGGGGCUGCAGAUUCCAGCAAGAUUUCAGAAAUCAAUUGAGCUGGGAAGUUUGACAAUCCGAUCCAAGCCUUUCCUUGACAGUGAAGAGCUUGUGCCUUUAUGUUACAGAUGUUCCACACACAACCCCCUGUUGAACAACCUGGGAAACGUUUGUAUCAAUUGCCGGCAACCUUUUGUCUUUGCGGCUUCAUCUUAUGACAUCUUGCACUUGGUUGAGUUCUAUUUAGAGGAAGGGAUCACUGAUGAAGAAGCUGUUGCUUUGAUUGACCUGGAAGUACCAAGACUAAACAAGAGAGACAGUAAAUGGCAAGAGCAGAUGAGUGACAGUAUACAGACAAUGAGUCUUCUUUACAAAGCAGAGGAGAUUGAAGAGGAUGAUCCAUUCACAGCAAAACUGAGUUUUGAGCAAGGAGGAUCAGAAUUUGUUCCUGUGGUAGUGAACCGUGCCAUUCUUAGGUCAAUGAGUAGAAGAGAUGUGCUGGUGAAACGCUGGCCAAAGCCAUUGCGCUGGCAGUACUUCCGGUCCCUGCUGCCAGACAAUCCCAUCACCAUGUGUCCUUUCUGCUUUCAGAUGUUUCAUUCAGAAGAUUACGAACUCCUGGUGCUGCAGUAUAACUGUUGUCCAUAUUGUCAGAGGAGAACAGAUGAAUCCUGAUAAUGAGGGAAACCAGCCGCUCAGGCAUGGAACAGUUCUUCUGUUGGGACUCUUAUAAAGUCUUUCCAAGUCUUUGUAAUCAAUUGUUUGGGGAGAGGAAAAUAUGAGAAGAAUAAGCAAUUAACUACUUUUGUACAUAUUUGAUGUGAGUAAUUGAGGAAUUUGUAUGACUGCUUUGUACAUUUACCAAGUUAAACAGAAAGAAGUCUCCUUGUAACUAUAUCUGUAAACAUAUACAUAAUCCUGUUAUGCUAGAAUAUAUUCUUGACAUUUUCACAACAUCCUGUCAAUGUGUCACGGGCCAAAUAACAGCCUCUUACAUUGAGAUCCUGUUUGGAGUAAACUGCUGUUUUUGUGCCUGCUCAGAUGAGUUCCAAGCUCAUCUUUUGGUAUUCAGGUUUUAUCAUAAUUUCCAAUAAAAUAUUUUUGAAGUGUA